AUGGCCGAGGAGACGCCCGUACUGAUCAGCAAUGCGGAGGUGUUGGAUAUUCUUGGAGCACGUGUCGCCGAGGCUAAGGCGUCGAAGAAACGACCCAGCUACCGUACGCGGCAUCGGGAUUGGAUCCAAUCGCAAGUGUGCGAGUAUCUACGUGCCACUCCGUGCACGAGGCUGGACCGUGCGCGGCGGAAGGAACUGCAAACCGUAUUGCGCAGUCACAAGAGACGAGUGAGCAAUAAUAACAACAGCAACGACGACAGUAACAGCAGUACGAACGGUACCACUGUGGGUCGGGGCUUUCAACUGACGGAAGCCGAGGCUUUGCAAGUACUGAAUUUCAUGCCGACGGAACCGGUGGAAAUUCAUCUCAUGAUUGAGGAUUUGCACGCCCGGAUGCCGGAAAAGGAUCAGGAAGAACUGCUAAGGAUUGUGGCGUCGUAUCGCAAGGAUGAAAUCUCCGACGCCAGCAACGGAGUAAAGCGAGAAAAGGGAGACCCUUCCUCGCCUCCCAACGGGACUAUGACGACAUCGCCUGUAGUUAAGAAAGAGUAUCCAGAUACCGGCAUGUUAUAG